UUCAAGUAUUUUUAAUUGUCUCUGAUUACACUCAAACUUGUAUUUAGUAAGAAAUUUGCCAUUGUUUUAGUGUUAUCAAAACCUAAAUUACAGUGUGAUGCGUGGUGGAAAACUGUUACUUGCAGGAUAUGUAAAACCUCUUGGGACCACAAUAGUUGUCACUAGCCUAGGAUGGUUACUAUUCGAAGUCAACGCCACAUAUAAUAAUCUGAAAACCAUAGGUAGAAGUGAAAUGAUACACCAUGGAGCUAAGUAUAUCACAAUUAGUGAAAAUAUAACCAAAGGUUUAGUGCUUGGGUCAGAUGGACAUCUGGAGCUACAGUUGGGACGUCAUAGGCUAGCUGCAUGGUUGAGUCGCACCAAGUAUCACAUUAGCCAACGCCUGCUAGCUGUUGCUCAGUCUGAUGAUUCCCAAGUUAGGCUGAUGGCUGUGAGAAUGCUAGCCUCCAUGAGAAGUCUUUCCCCGGCUGAUCUGAUACAACUUGCACAAUCCUGUGACUGCCACUCUGCAGUUGGAUUGGCCAGGAGUCCGAACAUCGACCAAGGAUACUUCCUCAGUCCGCCAUCACUUUAUAAAAUAACAGACAAGAAGGAAAUGAUAAACGAAAUGAGAGACAUCUUGUUUAAGCUAAACCAGCAACAUGGACAUUUGUGUGUAAAGUUUUUUCUUUCGAAGGCUUUUCCAGGAUAUGAGAAGCAGGAAAAUUACCUGAUGGAUGCAGAGUUAAUGUUAACCGAGCCGUGGCAAAUCUUAACAACACAAGACAACUUGCUGCCACUUUGCAUCCAAGCUUUGGACCACCACCUCUCUAGUGUAAACAGUGAAGUUGACUUUGUGAAACUUGGUGGGCUCCCGUUACUUAUGGCAGUGUAUCAAACCGUUAAAGAAGAUAUAAAUUCAACUAAAAUUGUGUGCAGAAUUUUAACAAGAAUUUGUACUCAUCCUGAAUUUCUUCCUAGGAUUUGCGAAUCAGGUUGGAUCAAAGUUUUGUCAGAAUGGGUCAACAGUAAAGACCUGCCACUGAGUGUGCUGGCCGGACAAUGCCUCAUCAACCUAGACCGAGAUAAUCACACGCAGAGCCACUACGGCCGCAACGUCGUACCUUUGCAUCCACUACAUCGCUCACACGCCCCACUGCUGGACGUUGUCUUUGUCCAUGGACUCCUAGGCGGAGUGCUGACCACUUGGAGGCAACGAGACAGUAGCAAAAAUGUAAACAUAGGGCUGCAGAAAGAUGAUAUCACCAGCACCACGGACAGUGGGCAACGCAGCAGUGACAGUGACACAGUGGAGUACCUGACCGCUCUGAGUGAGCUGGCCGCAGCAGACUGGGACCAGACGGGAAGUGACUUUGAGUUUGUCGUCAGUGACUUCCCCGUCAACUGCAAGUCAGAAUAUUGUGACCACCUUCUUACUCUUAGUGGGAGGGAUCCUCACCUACGUCGGUGUGCUACUGAGACCUCUUACAGCUUGUGUUGGCCCAAAGAUUGGCUCUCCAAGGAUUGCUCAUCUAUUCGUCUGCUGGGUGUUGAUUAUGAAAGUAGAAUCUCAGAAUGGUUCCCAACAUGCUCUGAAAAAAUAAGGGCAAGAACACUACAAGAACGAGCCACUGUAGUGUCGUCUGAACUGGAGAGCUGCAGUGUGGGACAGAGACCCACUGUGUGGGUGGCUCACUCCAUGGGUGGCCUCCUGGUCAAGAAGAUCCUCACUCAAGCUGCGCAGAGUUCUGAUGAGAGUCUUCGGAACGUUGCACUCAACACCAAAGCCAUAGUUUUCCUCAGCACACCUCACCUAGGGUGUCCUCUGGCAAAGAUGAAUGACAUCCUCAACUACCUGCUGUGGCCUUCUACAGAGGUGGAAGAGCUUAGACAGAACUCAGAUGUAUUGAACAAACUUCACCAAGAAUUUAAUGACUUAUUGAAAGAAGUUAACAUCAGGAUCGUAACUUUUGCUGAGGCAAAGUCCACUCGUGUUUCUACACUGGGGGUAGACUUCCACAUUGUACCACCAGAGUUCUCGUAUUUUGAUGUUGGGGAUCUAUAUGAAAUGCCUUGUGACCAUGCUUGUGUGGCGAAGCCAUUCAACAGGUUGUCAUUCAUUUACCAGACCGUUUUGCAUGUGAUUAAGUCUGUUAAAGAAGAAUAUUAUGGCUCAAAAAUAAAAACCCGUGGAAUAAGUAACAAUGAGAGAACGUAACAAAUAAAAUAUAACUAUUAAUUUAUCACCUGUUGGGGAUUUCCAAAGUUUUUUAUAACUUAAUAUCCCUACACCCUUAUGUUUGAAUCCGAUUUUGAUUUUUCUGUACAUAUAUUGUUUUGCGUCUUUGCAUACAUGUACUGUAUGUCUUUGUCCAUAACUAUAGUCACAGUCUGCUUACCAAAAGGUGAACAUUCAUUUACAAUAUAACUUUAAAAUAACAAUACAUUAAAAUUGGGAUUUGGAAUCAAAUAAAACACAAUCAAAAUAUAUUCAAGAAU